AUGACUCACAACCACGCCAACUAUCAACGUCGACUCGACUUUGUCCAUGGCUUGUUGCGUGAGCAAUUCGACCUUGAGGUGAAUGCGGAGGUCAUUCCCAUUCAAUACGAUCCUGAAUGCCCAUUCAAGUACAACAACUUCGUCUAUCGCGUCAUACUGCCAGUGCCCGUCACGUCUGCCCAUUCAUUUAGACACGAAGCUCGGAGGCACGGCUGUGAUCCAAUUCCUCAUGGCACCAAGGAACUCAUCAUCCGUCUCACGAACGUUGACGCCGAGGGCAUGAGCCCCGCCACCCGGGUCGAAAAUGAAGUCGCCAUGAUCAGCCUCGCUGCCGCUGCCCUCAGUGGCUUCCGCCCAUCGGUUGUCCCAUCUGUAUACGCUUGGGGAAGUGCAGCUACCACGGCGGCGCAGGGUUGGAUUAUCCAACAGCUAAUGCCUGGCGAAGCCGUCGACGAAGCGUUUACAUCCAUGCAUCUCGCGGGCAAAAAAUCAAUCUUAUCACAGAUGGCCUCGCUGCUCAAGGCUUUGCAAGACUACCAGCUACCCGAGACUAUCACCGGCUUCGGAGGUGUCACGUUCGACGAGGAUGGCCGAAUUGUCAGUACAGCCAUGACCAGCGUUGGCGCCGGACCAUGGCCGUCAUACGAAUCCUCCUUCAGAGGUCGUUUGCAAGUGGCACUCCAAAGGGCAGAUGAGAACCCUUACAUUGAAGGGUGGCAUGCCAAUGGCAUCAGAGAGCGCCUAGACGCGUUUGUUGCCCAUGGCGUCCCAAGCCAGUUCGAGUCAUUCAAAACGGCAAAUGACAAAGCUAUUAUACAUGCCGACUUCACCACCAACAAUCUUCUGUUCGAUUCCUCGACCCAGCGCAUCACUGCACUGCUUGACUACGACUUCACUUGUAUCAUGCACCCUUCUUACGAGUUCCUCCGUUCCUUCGACGGUGCGGGCGGGCAGUUUCGAGGCUGGUCCGCUGACGAGGCGGGGGAGCAGGCGGUCCUGCGAAAUGCUAAGCUACAUGGGUUCCCCUCGCCCCUCCCGCAACCGACCAACGACGGAGUCGAUUGGGAAUUGGCCAAGGCUUGGGAGGAUGAGUUGGAGAGGCUGCAUGUGAACAGGCCGGCGACGAUGGAAGGCAUCGACAAGGCGGCGGACGUCGACACCGUUCUCCGUACUGUCUUGCCGUGGCGGGUCAGCAAUUCCGACAUUCUCCGGAUGCAGUCUAAAGAAGUCAUAAUGAAAUGCAAGGAGAAGAACGAGACGCAGUUGGUCCAGCUGCUUGAGCGCUUGGGGUUCUAG